CUCAUUUCCUGUCGGUGUGAGCUGCACAGAGGAGACCUGACGAUGAGCGGAAGAGGCAAAACCGGCGGCAAGGCUCGCGCCAAGGCAAAGAGCCGCUCGUCUCGCGCCGGUCUCCAGUUUCCAGUCGGCCGCGUUCACAGGCUGCUGCGUAAAGGCAACUACGCCCAGCGCGUGGGCGCUGGUGCGCCCGUCUACCUGGCGGCCGUGCUGGAGUACCUGACCGCCGAGAUCCUCGAGCUGGCUGGAAACGCCGCGCGCGACAACAAGAAGACCCGUAUCAUCCCGCGCCAUCUGCAGCUGGCCGUCCGCAACGACGAGGAGCUCAACAAGCUGCUGGGCGGAGUCACCAUCGCUCAGGGCGGCGUGCUGCCCAACAUCCAGGCCGUGCUGCUGCCCAAGAAGGCCGACAAGCCGGCCAAGGCCAAGUAGACCCACAGCCGACCUCAAAACACAAAGGCUCUUUUAAGAGCCACUCACUCACAUCAGAAGAGACUUCCUGCAUUAAGCAAUAAAAACCAAUAAUUAAACAAAUACAUCACAUGUAGGCUAUUCAUGCUAAUUAUUGCGCAAUUUUCACAUCCACCGAGA